CAAGUAACACUCUACAAACUUUUUUUUAGGGGGGGCGUUGUAAAAAAAUUAAAUUAGAUUUAAAAGACUUCUUUUGACUGCCUGCAUGAUGGUGUUUUAUUUCCUCAAACACAGAUAUUUACCGCUUCACCACUCCGGUCUUGAUCUUGAUCUGCCUCACGCGAGGAUCGGCCAUGGUCCCUAAGGCGGAGGGACCAUUUAACAACAGUGAAAACCAAAAUUAUUCUUGAUAACAGUUUCUAGGUCACACUGUCCAUUAAGCCGCUAAUCCUGCCCACUUUCUCAGGAACAGAAAGUUUCUUAACUCAGGCUGUGGAGACUGAAAAUAAAAGUGCAGCUUGUGUCCAUAACCUGUCCAAGCACACGCGAAUCAGCUGGUAGGGGACUUUGGGAGACUUCAGCUCUAGGUAUCAAUCAGCAGCCUAGAGGCAAUGAUUCCAGUUUAAAGUUGGAAGGAGCAGAGUCCGAGUUGCCAGUUGCGCAUGCGCACACCCUCGACACCACGCCCACUUCAUCGCCUCUUCUGCGCCGGCGCGCCGUACAGUCCCGCCUCUCCUUCCUGCGGCGCCUUAGGGACCAUGGCGGAUCCUCGCGUGAGGCAGAUCAAGAUCAAGACCGGAGUGGUGAAGCGACUGGUCAAAGAAAAAGUGAUGUAUGAAAAAGAAGCAAAGCAGCAAGAAGAAAAGAUUGAGAAAAUGAAGGCUGAAGAUGGUGAGAACUAUGCCAUUAAGAAGCAGGCAGAGAUCCUGCAAGAGUCCCGGAUGAUGAUCCCAGACUGCCAGCGCCGGUUAGAGGCUGCUUACACUGAUCUCCGGCAGAUACUAGUAAGUAAAGACUUCUCUGUCUUAUAUUUAAAAUUUCUACAACCUAAUACAUGGAAAACCAAAAAUUUCAAAUUUAACACUGGAGAAAUGUAUUUAUUCGUGCUGUGUCUUAGUUUUCUCUCCUACUGUAUAGUAAAAUACUCUUGGCAGGAAAGCAGCUUAGGAAGGAAAGGUUCACUUUAGCUCAGAGUUCCAGAUCAGUGUGUCAUAGCAGGAAGUCACAGUGACUUGAGAACUGGCUACAUACAUCUGUAGUGAGGAACGGAUGCAGUGAGCGCACGUGUGCUUGUCUCCUCUGCUUAGGGGAUGGCCCAGCCCAUGGCUAAGAUGGGUCUUCCCACAUCAGUUACAUAAUCAGAAUAAUCUCCCACUGACACUCAGAGACAGACGAGCAUUAAUCAGUACAGCCCCUCACUGGUGUGCCUGGGGCUUGCCUCCGAGGUAUCAAAUUGACAGUCAGUUUAACCAUCAUACCCGCUGUCCCAGCGUGCUUUUAAAUGUGUAAAGGGUUUAGCUUACGUUUGACAUGACUCCACUAAUGUUCUUCACUGUCUCCUUUGCUCUACUUACUUAUUUAAAUGCCUGAGCCACAAUAGUAGGUACCAGUUCUGAGCAGCAGCAGUAUAUUUGGUUUGUGUGCCUGUGUGUAUGUGUGCGUGUGUGUAUGUAUGUAUAUGUAUAUGUGUGUAUGUAUGUGUAUGUAUGUGUGUAUGUGUGUACGUGUGUGUAUAUAUGUGUAUGUAUAUGUGUAUAUCUGUGUGUAUAUGUGUGUAUUUGUGUGUGUCUGUGUGUGUGUGCGUGUGUGUGCAUGUACUUUUUUUUGACAAAUAACAGUGAGCCAACUGUCCAAAAUUUGAUUCAAUCCAAUGUCUCAGAUUGAUUGACCCUCAUUAAAAAGACCUGGAAUUGUUUAAGAUUCAAACCUGAAUAAACUUGAGAGAAAGGGAGGCCAGAGGUAAUGGAGGCCGAGCUCUCGGGAAGGCACCGAGGUGGACGGCGCUGUUGCCCUCCUGGUACAGCACACAGUGCUUAGCUGACUUUGUGAGCGGAUGGAAGCAUAAAGAAAAGCAUCUUGUUUCUUUAUAAACAGAUGCACAGUGCGAUUGUCCUAGUUCCACUCUCUGUUGCUUAAGGGACAAAGAACUUACUUGGCCUCAGUUGCAGUUCCAACCAUCACUGCAGGAAGGCAGGCUGCAGAGAGCCGUGAGCUGGUGUUCCCCGUGAGUGUACGCCCUGACAGCUAGGGCCAACCAUGCAGCCCUACUUCCUGCCUUCCUGACACAGACACAUCGCUGUAAGCCCUACCCUUCCCGACCCCUUGUCCCCAUGGCUGGAGAUCAUCUCCUAAUGUAGAGUGCAGGCCACUUGUAGAAGUCCUUAUUGUCUUUAAAUUUUCCAAUAUUUUAAAAGUCUGGAAUCUUGUAACUGAGUUCCUACAAAAUCAAAAAUUAUUAGUUAUUUUCAGCAUAAGACAGUACAGAGUAAACAUUCCUGUUUCAAAUGGAAGAAUUGUGGCAGAGCAAGAAAUAAACAGAUGGAACUCGGCAGAGAAACACCAAACCCUGCAGCUCUUUGUCCUGCAUCUGGGGCUUGGGAUGAAGUUGGCCGAGAUCCAAAGACACAGGCAGCCCACACUCCUCAUCCCUGCGUCCUACAGCAGGCAGCUUCUGUCUGCACUCCACACCCGCAGUGCUCCUUGAGGGGUACACUGCUCCUGGCUGCACUUCCUUCUGGGGCUCCACUGUGGCUAAAGCUUCCUUUACAGUUAGCCUCUCGGGGCUCUUAGCACAGGGGCUGCCUCCGUGCCACACUGCCUGGCCUCGGCUGCCCUCCCCGCACAUCUUUCAUGACUACAAAACAGAUAACACAGGCACAGAAGCCGAGUUCUGAGGACACCUCAGGAUCCGGCCUUCCCUGGGGACCACAGUGUAUGUGCUUCUGCGGCUGCCCCUGGAGACACACUCCCCUGAGCAGCUGCUUUCCAGGCACAGGGAAGGCCUUAGGUUUUUCUCCUGUGCUCGAGAUGGACCCUCCAUGGCGGCUCUGCCUUCGGAGCAUUUUCUCCCAUGCAGCACAGACUCCUCUUGCUCUCUGCAGACAGAUCGUCCAUUGUCUUUUCUAACUCCCUCUGCUUCUCAGAACAGAGGCAGAAUGAAGCCAGAUUCUUGGCCAAAAUAUCACAGGAAUGACCCCAGCCGAGUUCCUGAGAGCCCUUCUUCCCUCUCUAACUGUUGCUGGGCCUCCAUUUCAUAUACCAUUUCCUCCACAUUCCUGUCCUCCACACCCCACUAGAUCGCCAGGCAGCCUCUGCGUCCAGCAUUUAGUGCAUUUUCUAAACCAAACACUUCCCAUUCUUCCUACAAAGCAGCUGCAGUGGCCUGCUUGGGUUCCUCACAGCAAGUGCCUGCUCUUAGUACCACUGUCUGCCUUAGUGCUGUGUCUUGUUGCUGUGAUAAAAUACUGAAUAAAAGCAGCCAACCUGAGAGACAGAGCUUAUAUGGCUCACAACUCCAGGUGACAUCCAUGGAGACACAGGAACUUGAAGCAGCUAGUCAGCAUUCUGUCCUUAAUUCAGGAGCAUGGCGGGUGAGCUAGCAUCUAGCCAGGCAAUUCUAGACUGUGUCCAGGAGGCAGUCAGCACCAGCCGUCGCACAGCUGAGCGUGGUGACACACCUUUAAUUCCAACUCUGGAGUCAGAGGCAGGUGGGUCUCUGAGUUCAAGGACAGCAUAGAGUCCUGUCUCAAAAAUAAAUCGCCCCAGCUAUCAUGUCUGUUGCUGUGAUUAAAAACAAUCAAAUAACCCUAACACAAAGCUGUGAAUCCCAGCAGGUGAGCAAAAUGCUACUACCAUAGUUUUUGAGCCAGUUUGAAGCAUGGCUUGUCAUCUCACAUGGACAAGGCCCCCGGCAUUCCAGGACGUUACCUGUCCUUGGGCAAGUGGGGCUCACAGGUUAGAGGCAUUUUGUUUAAUAGGCCUCUUCAGCACAGUGAUUAAAAGCUUAAAACAUAACUUUAGCCUUUACAAAGCAACUUCAGGAAGAAAGGGUUUAAUUUUAUUGACAAUUCCAGAUUAUACUUUAUUAUGGGGAAGUCAGGUUACUGGAACUUGAAGCAACUGGUAAUGUCACAUCCACUUAAUAGUAGAAGGAAAUAAAUGCAUACACGGUCACUUGCUUGGGCUCAGUUUCUCCACUCUUCUAUAAUUCAGGACCCCUAACCUAGACAAUAGUGUUGCCCCAGUGCACUGGGUCUCACAUCUCAUAUCCAGUGGAACAGAGGUCAGUGUGCUGUUAGAGAUAAAAUGGGUGUCAUAUUAUCCUAUCAUCAUUGGGGGUGUGGCCACCUGAGGCGGGAACUAGGAGUUGACCUCUGUUCCCCUGGAAGAGCAGCGCGUGCUUUUAAUCCUCUCAGGCACCUCCCCAGGCCCCAUCGUGAACCUCCCUCUACAGUGGGUUCCAAUACAGCCAGGGCUACACAGAGAAACCCUGUCUCAAAGCAAACCAAACCAGAAA